CAAGUCUCCCAUCCUCCAUUUACAUUUGGUAAUCAGCCUGUAAGCUACAAAGUAGGGGCCCAAAGUUCAAAAGUUUAUGGUUGUCAGGAAAAUUCUGAGGCAUCCAAGCUUACGUUGCCUUAACUUGACGACUAUUUCGCCUAGUUUGCUAGCUUUCAUGUCGGAACAACGAGGCUAUGAGGAUGCCGUGAAAGCGCUAAACACUCUGCAGACAAAUGCUCAAGUUCUAGCUCAGAUCCGUAAGGAGCGUGGCAGAUUAAGAAGGGAUAAUCUUGUCGAGAUGCGACGGUUUGUCGAGCGAGCCGGUGUAUCGAUGGAACAAUUAGAUGAGUUGUCAGUGAUUCAUGUCAGUGGAACCAAGGGUAAAGGAUCUACAUGUGCUUUCACAGAGAGCAUUUUGAGGAAUUGUGGAUUUAAAACUGGAUUUUACAGCUCCCCACAUUUGAUAGAAGUCAGAGAGAGAAUCAGGAUUAAUGGAAAACCUCUAGCAAAGAAUUUGUUUGCAAAGUAUUUUUUUAAGUGUUGGGACAACCUUCAAUCUUCAAAGACAGAGGAAAAUCAAAAGAUGCCAGCCUAUUUCAGGUUUCUUACAUUAAUGGCUUUCUAUGUAUUCCUCCAUGAACAGGUCGAUGUUGCCAUCCUUGAAGUAGGAAUUGGGGGUGCCUAUGACUCAACCAACAUCAUUAGAAAGCCUGUGGUGUGUGGGGUGACCUCACUUGGAAUGGACCAUGUACAGGUGCUUGGGGGAUCCCUGGAGAGCAUUGCUCUGCACAAGGCUGGGAUAUUUAAGCCAAAUGUUCCAGCAUUCACUGUACCUCAAGAUGAAAGUGCUUUGCAAGUGGUUGCUGAAAAAGCUAGUGAAUUGCAGACUUCUUUACAUGUUGUUCCUUCUCUAGAUGACUAUCCAGGCAAACGACCAGAACUUGGUAUUGAUGGUGAACACCAAGGUAUAAACGCUUCCACUGCAAUACAGCUGAGCCGAACAUGGAUACAAAAGCAUGAACAGAGAACAAAUAGCAAUGCAGAAACUGAAGCCAGCAACGAACAAAACGCAGAGGAUGACUCAGAAACAAAAGCCCCUAAAAAACCAAGACUUUCAAUCCCAGUCGCAGAAACUUUUGAGAUCCCUGAUUCAUUCCGAGAAGGUCUUCGAAAUACUCGUUGGUGGGGACGUAAUCAGAUGAUUGUGCUUCCAAAAAUCACAUUUUAUAUAGAUGGAGCACAUACACCUCGAAGCAUAGAGGCUUGCAUCAAGUGGUUCUUACUCAGAGCUGACGAUGAACGAGAGAAAACAUCAGGCAGUACUGCGCGUGUUCUUCUGUUCAAUUUGACAGGAGAUCGGGACCCGCACGGAAUUCUCAGGCCGCUGAUCGAUUGCAAGUUUGAUCAUGCUGUGUUUUCUCCUAACACUGUUAGCCUGGAUAGCAUGGGUGAAAGCACGGACCUGACGAACUUCACCGUAACACGUGACAGCCAGCUUCGUCACUGCGUGGAAAACCAACGUUGCUGGAUGGCUCUAAGAGGUGCUGGCUUCCAGUCCCACGCGGACGAGGAAGACCACUUGAUUCAGAACGGGCUAGAUGACGGACCUUACUCGACCAUAUUUCCCUGCGUUGCGCAGGCGCUGAGGUGGAUAACCGCUGGCCGGGAUCCGCGCAUCCCGACUAACGGCAACAACGGGAUAGCUGUUCCGGAGACUCUAACCCAGGCCACGCGCCUCCAAGUCCUGGUGACUGGGAGCCUGCACUUGGUCGGCACUGCGCUUAAGGUUCUGGGUAGUGACAUCACAGGGGAAAUGUAGACACCUGAACUUCGGAACCGGACCCUCGGGUCCAGGCGAACUCGGGAAGCCAUCUCGCCCGUCGUUUCCGGAUUGCCCUGGUGUUCCAGGAACACCUGAAACUCACAGAUUUCCGUUCUUUCCAUCUUGGCCACAGGGAAAGCAACCCUGAAAAAAUUUUGAUUGCAAAGUUUUAUUGCUCGCCCAUCUACACGAUAAAUAUUCCGAUCCGUCCAAUUUUCUUGGCAAAACCCCCAUCGAGCAAGUUCUAAGCAAAAGAGCUAUCGUGGCGAAGACAAAAAAAAUAAGGCCUACCAGUUCUAGUAUAUCGUCCACUUUUUUCGACUGUUGACUGUCGUGGACUCGUUCCCUCGCUGCUCUAUCUGCUCUUCGAAUUAACGUUUUGAUAAGUUUCGCUUUGCAUGCGUAAAUGCUAGAUUUACUUGAAACAAUGUGUAGUUCCAGAAAAUAUCCAUACCCCCCCCCCUCCAUUGAGGGGAUUGGAAAUUCCGUGGGGGGGGGGGGGGGGGUAAAAUGCCCCUUUUUCCUUAACAGUUACUGUAUUUUAUUUCCAGGGGGUUGGAAAUUCCAGAGGGGUGGUGGGUCUGUGUAUGGAUAUUUUCUGGAACUACACAAUGUAUAAAGUAGUCUUAAAGGCCGACUUCUCCCUAAAAACGAGGAGAAUUCAUACUUUGAACAUUUGAAAACUGCACUUCAAGCCUCAUAUCUCGAAGACGAAUCCAUAACAACAACAAAAAAGCCUUUUUGAUAUGUUGGUUUACAUAACAUAAGGAACCUCUAUGCAAAAAUUCAAGCUUACCGAAGUUAACCAGACCUUAUUUUGGGAAAACUUGCCAUAGGGGCGGAUUCCGGAGUUUCAGAAGGGGGGGGGGGGGGAAGAGGGGGAAUUUUUUAAAGUUCUUUUAAGGGGAACUAAAGUUUAAAAAGGUCCUACGGGGAUAACCAGAACUCGAUGCUCUUAGAGCAUGUACUUGGGCUUUAUUGUAGAGAUAACCAAAGGUUAUUUUCAGCUUGCAACAUUGGCUUGUCGCAUUAUUUUUCCAUGUGGGGGGGGGGGGGGGGAGGGGGGAGGUGUUACCUUUGAGAAACCACCUUCCAUGGAAUCGCCAGUGCGAUUAAUUAUACAGUACGAUCAAUUAUACAACAUUUUGCGUUGAAAGUUAUAAACAUCGUAAAGUUGCUAUGAGUUAUGUAGAUUUCAAUGGUGGGGGGAAAGGGGUGCAACAAGAUGGUCACGUGAUCUGUAAAUCCACGACGUCACAAAAGCGAAAAUAUCCACAUCUCAUAAUUAAAAAAUAAAUAGAACCA